UGUGGAACGUUUACUGCUUUCAAAAAUAAAUGAAACUGAAAUGAAGCCACUCAACAGGAAAGUUCUGUUUGUCAGGUACAGCAUUGUACCACCGCUGGACAAAGCCUACGGCAUGGUUGAAGAGGAAACGGGCCGCCUAACAGGAAUGUUAGCUACAGUGCUUGCGGGAAAAGCAGAUGUAGCAGCAGGGCCAUUUCCGGUUCACCCCAGAAUGAAUGACUUACUGCACGACAUGGCACGGUCGUCUGACUCUUUCACUGCAUUCGGUAUCAUUUCCGGGAUGAAAAACGACUACGUGCAAGCACCCACUUCAUUUACGGAUGCGUUUGAUAGCCUCAGUUGGGUACUUCUUUUUCUGUGCCUGCUAGCGAUCGUUGGAAUUCUUCUUGGGUACCGGCUUGUUACGGGGCAGGGUGGAUCUAAAACCAUUGCUGAUACGCUUAUCAAAUGGCUUUUUAAUGGAUAUGCUGUUCUCCUUCAAGAAGCUACAUCAGAGAAACCGUCAACGUUUUGGUUCGAGCGCGUUGUAACACUUCUUUGGUUAGUCAGCUGUAUGCUCUUAUCAAAUUCUUUUGCGGGAACGAUGCGUGCUAACCUGAUCGUCAUACAACCCACUUUUCGCUUUAAAUCUCUUUAUGAUGUUCUUCAACAUCCUGAAAUGACUGUUGUAUACCCAGCUAACACACCGGCGGAAAACAUGAUUAAUAGAACUGCUUACGAUCCUGUAUACGGCAAUCGUCUACGCGAGCAUAUGCGGACAAAUUCUUACGCGACAACACUACCUGGUCUUCAAGAAGAUUGGCUACGAGAUAAACUUGCUUCUAGAAAAGCUAUUGUAUUUAUGGAGCAGAAAUACUUUACAUCUCGAUGCAUAGCUCGUUGGUGUGUUAACAGUAACUAUCUGUUUUUCGUCUCAAACCUUUUUGACAUGUUCUUGGGUGUUUUUAGCUCAAAAGACCUACCAUCAAGACUCAACAAUGCCAUCGACAUGCAGUAA